AUGUUUGGCCCCGCAUCCGCGGCAACUCGCCGCCGCCUCCCGUUCCUGUUGUGCUCGCGUCGGGCUUUCUCGACCAGCACGCCGCUGCACGCCGACUUCACCCAUGCUGUCAUCGGUGGAGGCGCGGUCGGCCUGGCCAUUGCCCGGCGGCUGCAGCAAAAGGAUGGUGUGUCAACCGUGCUGAUCGAGAGACAUGGCUCCGUGGGUACGGAGACGAGCAGUCGCAAUUCAGAGGUUAUCCAUGCAGGCCUCUACUAUGGCCCAGACACACUGAAGACCAAGCUGUGCGUCAAGGGCAAGGAGAUGAUGUAUGAUCUGUGCAAGCGCAUGGCCAUCCCGCAUAACAACUGCGGCAAGUGGGUUGUCGCUCAGGACGAGGGGCAGUUGCAGCAGAUUGAGAAGACCCACGAGCACUGCCGGGCCAUCGGCGUGCCCACCCAUUUCCUUAGCAAGGAAGAUGCCAAGCGCCAGGAGCCUGACGUUCAGGCAAAGGCGGGUAUUCUCGUCAGUCCGACCACGGGUAUAGUCGACUCGCACUCGUUGAUGCAGUUCCUGGAGGGCGACUUCGAGGACGCCGGCGGAAUCUGCGCCUUCGCGUCGCCCGUGACUCGAGUCACCCCGCUCUCUGGCAGCGGCCACAGCGCCUCUGGUUCUGCCGGCUGGGAGAUCACGACUGCGACGCCCGAGGGCGAGGAGAGCAGCAUCACGGCCGAAGUCCUGAUCAACUCCGCCGGCCUCAAUGCCAUUGCCCUCUCGAACUCGAUUCUCCCCCCCGAGCGCCAUCUCGUCCCCGCUUACUGCAAGGGAUCCUAUUUCUCUUACUCGGCCUCCCACCCUAGGCCCAAGGUCCUCGUCUACCCUGCACCGCGCCCCGGCCUCGGCGGCCUGGGCACCCACUUGACGCUUGACAUGGGCGGCCGCAUCCGCUUUGGCCCAGACGUCGAGUGGGUAGACGAUCCGACGGACCUCCAGGUGUCGGAUAAGAACCUUGUUGCUGCGCUGGAAGAUAUUCGGCUGUAUCUACCCGGCAUCGACAAGGGCGCCAUCGGCCUGGACUAUGCGGGCAUGCGACCGAAGCUGGGGAGGGCAGGUGUGUCGCAAAUAGGCGGGAAGGGUGGGUUUCAGGAUUUUUAUAUCAAAAAGGAACAGGGCUUUGAGGGAUUUGUCAAUCUGUUGGGCAUCGAGAGCCCUGGACUGACAAGCUGCUUGGCGAUCGGAGAGGAGGUGUUCGACAUUCUUUACCGUCGAUGA